AUGGUGAGCCAUCUGCAUAGAUCUCGAUUCAAUCUCAGUUUCGUAUUCUCUGUCUGGUUUACAAUCUUGAAUCUCCUCCUAGGGUUUGCCCCUUGCUAUUUCAAGCGUUCACAGUCUAGAGCGGAUCUACUGACACUUGGUUUGAUAGUAACAAAUAUUCUAACUAGUUUGGUAUGGCUGUCAAUCCGAACAAAAACUAUAUUAGUGGUAAAUCUUGAAGGCGUGAAGUGUCAAAGGAUAAAAUCUCAUCUUCCUGAUUUUGUAGUUUCUGAGUUACUAUGGGCAUGGGAAUCUCUUUCAGUCGUGACUAUAUGCAGGUCUUUAGUUAUUGUUUAUGAUGGCGAAUUUAUCUUUCAAAUUAGAUUUGCUGCUGCAUCUCCUGCUAGUUACAGGGAAGCAGUGCCUAUGGAUGCCAAUAACUUGAUGCAAGGUUCACUCUACCAAAGUGUGUUAAAAUCUGGGUCACUCAUUUUGCAACCACUUGGGGACAAAAGAAUUGCAAUAAUUGGUGGUGACACAAUUAGGGGCUUCACAACUUCCGACCAGGUUGAAAUUUUCUUUUCUGACAUUGAUGACAUAUAUAAGAUCAAAGUACUGGUGUGUCGAGCUUACAGAAUGUCAAAUGCAAGUUAUUGCAUUGGUAGGGGACAAACUUGGUGGUUGCAUAAGGCCAAAUUGCAUCAAGGGAUCCCAAGUCAAAGGUGCAUUAUGUGACUUUUGGACCUUUGUGUUGGAAAGUAUGGAUGAACCAUGUAACAGUCAACGUGCCGUUGUUUCGUUCUACUCAUGAAAUGUAUGAUCUUCAAGAUGCAAUAGGAAGUAUAGUUGCAUGGCCUAGUCAUUCAUUCUUUUGGACUAAAUAUUAGACUAAUUGAUUUACGAUUUGUAGUUAUACUUUUUGGAAGUUUAAAGUCGUAUUUUAGAGAUUAGUGAAUCUUAUGAUUUGAAUACUUUUUUUGAUUUGUAUGUUUGAGGUUGUUAUCAGCUUGAUAUGAUAGAAGUUGAGGAUGAAAGUUAGUAUGCAGAUUGUUUAGUGCAUGGAUAUUAGAUUUUUUUGCUUA